UGUGGUUGGUUGGUUGGUUGGGGUGUGAGGGCGCAGUUAGCUCGGCGGCGCGGAGUUUAGUUUAGAUUAGUCUAGUUUAGAUUAGUUUAGUUUUGGUGACCCUGAGGUUCCGGUCCGUGAGCAUGGUGUACACAGCGGGCAGGAGGACGGGCUCAGGAUCUCUCAGAAACAAUACAGAUUCAUAAAUAACGCUGUUUUUCCGCAACAAAACUGCAGUAUUUGAGGUUAGCAUUAGCAUUAGCUAACGGAGUCGCAGUAUAGUUAAAGCUAGCUGUGAUAUUUGCAUGAAGCCAAAGAGAGAUUUUUAUUCUGCAGGUGAACGAGCAGGAAGUGGUGAUGGUGAUUGACAGGUUUCAGGGCGUGUGAUGGUGACUUCCUCUGAUUGACUGCUCCAUCAUCAUCCUCGUGAUCAUGAACGUCCACCAUGUUGUCCUGGUCGUCCUGUGCUGUGUGUGCGUGUGUGUGUGUGACAGCAACAACACAGUGAACGUCGUAGCCACUUCAUUAACAUCCGACCCUGCAGACUGCGAUUUGUCAAAGUGUCCAAAUUCCACGUCCUGUACGCGAGCGUUCUUCUCAGAUCAAACGUCCCUGUGCUUUCUCCUGCACUGUGAGAGUAAUGAAUCGUGUGAACGCUACAUAUCAGACCUGGGAAAUAAAACUCAAACUGAAGAACCGAGUCAGAACACCGGCGCAGAUCCUCUCCAGCUCCCUUCACCAUCUCCAAAAAGCCCUGUUUCUCCGUCACUAACUGCCCCUCCUACCGCCCUGCCUGCCUCCGCUAUCCCGUCACCCCGCCCUGUCCCGCUGCCCGGCCCUGAAGCACAGCAGCGUUCAGUGUUCAGUAGUAACACAUCACACUCUGGUUUUAGCAGCAACAUCAACAGGUCUUCUCAGGAUGGAGACCAGGGGCAGGUCCGAAACAAUUCCUCACAGAAUGAACACCAGGGGCAGCCCCCAGUCAGCCCUUCUACCCCUGCACCAACCUCACCACCGGUUCCUGUAGAAUCUGCAAAGGGAGGAAACUUUUCAGUGAUUUUUCCCAAAGUUCAAAAGGGAAAUGAAGUGAACAAAACUGGCCAAGAAACAACAACAGUGACAACCAGCACCACCUCAGUCAAACCUGCACUUCAUACCAACACCACCACCACCACCACCACCACAGUUACCACAUCAACCACCACCACAUCAACCACCACCACCAAUAAAGUUACCCCACCUCCUUCCACCACCCAGACACAACCAACAUCUACACCAACACCACCUCCAUCCCCUGCUCCUCCAUUUUUGCCCUCGGUCACUCCCUCCACCCCUGCACCAGGGCACAAUCAUUCCACAACAGCCUCAAAGGUCCUGCAUGUUACCUCCAAUCAGGACAAAGCCAUAGCAGAAACACCUGGAGGAGAGCUGAGGAGGAGCAUGCUGAGCACCAGCUCGCUGAUCGCCGUGCUGAUCUUUGGCCUGCUCUUCUUCUUCGUCACGGUCGUCCUCUUCCUCAGACACGCCUACGAGAGCUAUAAGAGGAGGGGCUACACACAGAUGGACUAUCUCAUCAAUGGCAUGUACUCUGACUCAGGGCUCUGACUCUCCUGUGUACCUCGCAAUAAGACAUUUCAACCCCCUCCCCCACCUAGAGUGUAAUCAGUGUCCAUUUUAAAGGGAGCUGUGAUUUAGAGGACUGAAGUAGAUCAAAUCAGAGUAACGUUCAUCUUUAAAACUGACAUGACGAGUUGGAGACGUGACCUAAAGAAAAGUAACACGAAGGGAAAGUGGUGAGCAGAAUGACACGGAAUUACAGCAGGAACAAAAACUACUUUUAAAAGUGGAAAGAAAAAAGACUCAAAAUUAGGCAGAAACAAUAAAUUAUCAAUGCAGAAAAGACACAAAGUGCGAAAGGAAAUUUUAAAAGUUACCCAAAAUAAAUAAAAUAAGCCACAAUCCAAUCUGACAGACAGUAUGAAUAAAAACAGGAAGCAAAAUUGAGGGGAAGAAAGGAGACACACAAGUGGAAUAAGAAGAAAAAAAGCAGAAUGAAAAAUGACAAAAUAAGCACCGAAAGAAAGAAGUGAAAUAAACUAGCAAGUUUGCAUUUUGUGUCUUUUUAACACUGCAUUAAAAUGGAACGGAGAAAACGACUCAGUGGAAGUGAGAGACGCGAGCUCAGGGAUGAGCCCAGAUGAACAGAUACGCUGAGGAAAGAUUUGAUUUAAAGACAAACGUCUGCUUCAGUCCUCAAAAUUCACCGAGAUUAAAAAUGUGCAGGUUUAAUAUUUAGUGUUUGCAAAAGUGGAAUAAAUUCUGGACCGUUUCAGCAAAUGUACGGCUUUUUUUUUUUAUUGUAUUUUUUUUUUCUCUAUGCAGAUGAGGCUUUGAUGUAAAUCUUGUCUUUAAUCCUCUGAAGUAACGUCAUGUUAAGGACCUGAUGGUGCAAUAUAGAUGGUUUUCUUUAUUUCUUGUUUUGUCUUCCAGUAAUAUUCCGUGUAUAAUGAGCAACUAACAGUCAGGUUGCACUAGUUGCCUUUUGCGAUGUUUGAGUCCGUUAUUAAUUGAUGCCUUUAUUUCAUGAUGUGUUUUUCUGUUCUUCGGAUUUGGAACGAUGCCAAAUCACAGCCACUGAGGCACUGAAGCACAUUAAUGAGAAGCCAAUGGAAGUGUAGAGCCAUCGCCCACUUUCUGUCCAGGGAAGUCGGAUUCCUCCUCUUAUUAUUAUUCUUUCUUUACUUUUUUUUUUACUGCAGAGUUGAACAGGACCGAACGCAGGAUGCAGGCGAAGUUUGUUUGUGCCAAUAAAAAUCCCAUAAUGUAAUAAUGCACUUUUGAAAAUGAUUGUUUACUUUGAAAAAAAUAUAUAAGGAAUAAACAGAACAAAUGAA